AGGACAGCACAGUCAGAGUUUGAUGGUUCACCUUUCCUCUGCUGUUUAUCUCAUAACGAUAGAUCAAUGGAUAUUUUACCUCUCCUGUGUCUUGUCUCUGCAGCCUUUACAGGUUUAACCAAAGGAGUUGGUGUGUUGCAAGACAGUCAGUUUGCAGCUGUGGGAGAAACAGUGAUGUUCACCACAACACUGACUCCACCAGAACAACCAUUUCUAACAGUGGGCUGGCAAUUUGAUGGUAGAAAUAUAAUCUCUUUUAGUGGCAAAAACGCAACUGGCCCAGAGUAUGAAGGCAGGAUCACCCUCUUCAUGUCUACUGGAUCUCUGGAGCUCAGAAACGUGGCUCUAAAUGACAGCGGAGAAUACAGCGUUAGCAUUUUUCCAUUUGGAGAACCACAGAAGACAGGAAGCACAAUUUUGGAUGUAUAUGUUCCAGUGUCCGAUGUCAUAGCAACUGCCAGCAACACAGACUUGGUGGAGUUCAACAGCUCCGUCCGUCUGUCCUGCUCCGCCUCUGGAUCCUCGCUCUCUUUCCUCUGGCUGAACGGCAGCUCUGAGGUUACAGGAAUUGACAGAGUUCAGCUCGCUGAUGGAGGCGCCAAUCUCACUAUAGUUCACGUGACCCGCUACGACAAAGGACCAUUUAAGUGUCAAGUGUCCAAUCCUGUCAGUAAUGGCACCAGUGAACCAAUAAACUUCAACAUCAGCUACGGUCCAGACAAUGUUAAUUUGCAAAAAUCUCCAUCACAAGACUACUAUGUGGAGGGGUCAAACAUCACCUUGACGUGCUUGGCUGUCUCCAGACCUCCUGCACAAUUUACGUUGCUUCUGAACGGAAGCCUGCAGUCUGACACUGGACCGCAGUUCAAUCUGACGACCAUUCAGGAGAGUGAGAGUGGAAACUACAGCUGUCAGGCCUUCAACAGCAAAACUCUGAGAUAUGAAUCAUCUUCACCUGCAGUCAUCUCUGUACUGACACGCGUUUCCAAUGUUGUGGUAACUUCAAACCCAUCAGAUUUGGUGGAGUUCAACAGCAGUGUUAGUCUGUCCUGCUCCGCCUCUGGAUCCUCGCUCUCUUUCCUCUGGCUGAACGGCAGCUCUGAGGUUACAGACAGUGACAGAGUUCAGCUCGCUGAUGGAGGCGCCAAUCUCACUAUAGUUAACGUGACCCGCUACGACCAGGGACCAUUCAGGUGCCAUGUGUUUAAUCCUGUCAGUAAUGGCACCAGUGAACCAGUAAAGCUCUCCGUCAGCUACGGCCCUGAAAAUAUUAAUUUGACAAUAUCUCCGUCACAAGAAUGCUGUGGCGAAGGGUCAGACGUCAGCCUGACGUGCUCGGCUGUCUCCAGACCUGCUGCCCAGUUUCAGUGGUUUCUGAAUGGAGACCUGCUGUCUGAUACUGGACCAGAACUCAGACUGAUGAACAUUCAGAUGAAUCACAGUGGUAACUACAGCUGUCAGGCCUUUAACAGCAAAACCCUGAGAUAUCAAACAUCACAGUCGUCAGUUGUCUCUGUACUGGAGAGAAUAUCAGGAGCUUCAAUCACGUCGUCAACAAAACUGCCGAUUGAGAGCAACUCAGUCAACUUAACCUGUGAUGCUGCUGGCUCUGUCUUAACCAGAAAGUGGAUGAAGGACGGCAAAGAUCUGAUCACGACUGACGAAAUAAUACUCUACGACAAUAACAGAGUGCUGUCUUUUAACAGCCUGAAUAAAUUAGACAGUGGAGAAUAUUCCUGUACACUCAGCAACCCCUUCAGCAACGAAAAAGCUAAAUACUUCAUGGAUGUGAUCUAUGGACCAGAAAAUGUUCAAAUCAAACAUCCAAGUGAAAUAUUUGUAAAUGAAAAUUUAACUUUAACCUGCUCUGCUGAGUCCACGCCGUCCGCGAUUUACACCUGGAAGGUGAACGGGACAGUGAAGAUACACAACUCUACUGUGUUCAGCAAACCCAACAUUCAGCUGUCAGACGGAGGCAUCUACACCUGUGAAGCGAUGAAUGAUAUAACCAAGAAGACAUCAUCUGCCGACUAUGAAUUGUCUGUAAAAGCCCUAUCAGAUAAAAAAUCAGGCUGUUCAGGUGGCUGCAUCGCAGGAAUAGUCAUCGCAGUUCUAGUCGUCCUUGCUGCCGCUGGCGGUGGAGGGUACUACUUUUAUCGUAAGAGGAAGAGGAUGAACACGACAACUGCUGAUAGAACAGGUGGUGAAGGCCAGGAGAACACAGCCUUCUCAGGAAGUCCGGUAAAGGAGCUGGACUAUGCAGAUAUCCAAUUUUUCCAGAACAAAGACGGUGGAAUCGUCCAGCUGGGAUCACAAAAUGAAACAUCAGAAUACGCCGAGGUCCGUGUGAACAACAGUGGUCAGGGACCGUCCUCACCUCCUACCUAUGAUGACCACCUGCAGCGACAAAAGAGUCUGGCUCCUCAGCCUGAUGCUGCCAGUGCAGAAGUUUAUUCUCAAGUUAGUAAGAAGUGAGUGCACAGGAUGUGGUAGAUCAUUUAUUUAGACUGACUUAGACUUAGAGGCCGGAAGCAGCUCACAUGCGGUUAGAGAAGUCUGCACUCCAAUCUCACUUUCCUUUUAUAGAGGACUAUUUUGGAUCUGAGUUUACUUAGUCAAAGCACUUUAGCAGUUAAUAAUCAACCAGUUUGUGACAGUUGUUGCCAUGAUUGUGAGGUCAGAUGGCACAAAGCUUUGUUUGUAUGUGCACAGUCAAUGCAAAGCGCACAUAAUAUAUGAAUGGAAAUUUUCGCUUGUUGCUUGCUUGUCCUUAAUGUUUGACACCGGUGUGGUGUUAUGUUUGACUCCUCGUGUGUACUGUAUGAUUCCAGUUGAGAUUCUAGUUUUUCACUCAUGGGUUCACUUUUUUAUUUAUUUUACAUCUUACAAAAUGAAAAAAAAUAUCAGUUAUUUAACUUUAGUUCAUUGAAAUUACAGUGGUGUUUGUCAGGGAUAAACCUUGAGCUUUUUCAUUUGUACAGUGAACUAUAAUGCCCUUGCGGUAAUGGAAAGAUUAUGUUAUCUGUUGGUCCAAAGGAACAGUUGAAAGAUCAGUACAGAUACACAUCUUUGUGCUUUAUUUCCACAGUGAUAAAGUUAAACAAUAAUUCAAAAUGCUUGCAUGAAAAAAUAAGCAGUAACAUGAGGUUUCUGUUCAGUCCAUUUUAAUCAAAGCGGAAACCAGAAGCCGGACUUGACUCUCAUGACGAGGACUCAAGUCACAAAUUUACUGACUUAAGACUCGACUCAAAAAUUUUUUAAAAAAGACUUGGCAAGACUCUUGACUUCACUUGGACUUGAGCUUUUUGACUUGAAAAUAUUUGAUACAUUACUCCAAAGCCAAAGAUUGAGAAUUAAGUUAUUUAAAAAGUUUGUCACAAAUCUGUUCAUUUACAACUGACAAGUAUAAGUAUAAUAAUUAAACCCUAAAAAAACGGAUGUCUGAUAUCAGAGUACUUAAUGACGGAUGUAUAGAUAUUUAUUACUCAUCCCCAGCAAGUUGAUACUUAUUUUCUCAGAUAAUUUGUUCAAGCCAAUCAAGCAGCAUCCAGGCAAGUUGAAGGAGAAAAUCGUGAACGUAUGUUACGUUAUUGAGCCCCAUUUGGGGGAAAAAUAGGAUACUUAAGACAAUUAGUACUGCAAUUAUGCUGUAUUCACCAAAAACGAAUUCUAGUGUGCAAAACACGCAGUUUUGAUAUUACAACUUUGUUAAACAUUUGAAGUUGCACACAGAAUGAGGGAAAGAAGUGAAGGGUGAUAUUAACAAAGUUAGUGAGCUAAUUUUGGUGCUAUGAGCUAAUUUAGGUACAAAGUAAAGUGCUACAUGUCAUAUAUAACAUUUACCGUAUGUCAGCGCUACUUUUUAUGAUAAUGUUAAGUCACUUGUCUUAAUAAAAAGACACACAUGUUUUUCAUGAAUUUAAUAUGAUUUCUCUGUUAUUAAAGUGGCAUUUUUGUGAAGAAGCAUUUAUAACUCGUAUAGGACUCGAAACUCAAAAUUGAGGACUUGAGACUUGACGUUGGACUUGUUAGUCUUGACUUGGGACUUGAGUGCAAAGACAUGAGACUUAUUUGUGGCUUUCCACAACAACUUUUUGCAGAAAUAUUUUAGCCAAAGAUAAAGAAUCCACGAGUGGUUGCGACAUGUCUACAGGUACAAUAAAUGCCCUCAAGUCUUAAAGUCCGUCCAACAGCCAUUAAGGAAACUUUGACCAGUUAAGUCAACAUUUACAACCUCUACUGGCAGUUAUCAUCAGAGUAAUUUAGGACACGUUUAUUGUUAAUAUCAACAAAAGUUGCUAUGUGAUAAAAUUAUAUGGUGCGCAUUCAGCAAGCAUAUCUCAGGCCUCGGGCCAACAGGGUAGUCCUUCAGAGUGAAACACUGCAGUUAAAUGGAAGCAAAUUUACUUUGCUGCAGUAAUAAAUUGCAGUGUGACUUCUGAAUUAAAUGAACACACUUUGAUGAAGACGUUUGUUACUUACGCUUUACAUCUUAAGGACUGUACCAUUAUUCUCAGGUGUUAAAUGCAUUAUGUUUGCACUGACACGGUGUUUCAUUUGUUAAUAUAUCAGAACACACUGUGUAGUGAGUAAGUUCACUCUGGGGUUAAUAAAGUAGAAAUAUUUGGAAGUAGUAUAAGGAGAUAUUAAAGUCAUGACUGAGAUUAUAUCCUGGGUGGUACCUCAGAUUGUUGUUUCUUAGCACCCUAUAAUAAUAAGUAAAUCCAAAGUCUUUGACAGUGCUAUGUGAGCAGUGAGAGUGAACCAGGACAGACAGCUGAACAAUGAGCUCAAACUUUCUACAAAAAUCAAAAGAGAGCUGCAGACUCAGGCAGUAAAUCUCUGUGGGGGCAACAACACUGCAUAUGCCCCCUUUCACAUUGUUUUCGAUUUUUAUUAAAUAGUUUGUCGGCACGGAAAUAUUGAUUAUAGCUGCUUUAAGUGGACAGAUGUAAAACAGUCAUUGUAAAUGUAUCAAAUACCACAUAUGGCAAAUGAUAAAUGUCUUCUGAGUUGUAAAUGUCAUUUUAAAGAGGGAGUUUUUACUUUAACACAGAAAGUAAUUUGUCUUCAACCAGAUCAAUUCUGUCAGACUGUAUACACAUUUUAGUUACUCCCUUUUUCUUAAAACAAUGAUUGUUUCAGAAGAAAUGAGAAGAAAGAAAAUGAGUCUCCUCAUCUGGGCUAAUGUGUGAAUGAGUGUGUGUCCCCUCCCCGCUGGUUACUUAUUAGUAAAGCUCAAACUUCCUGUGACUUAUUCGUAUGUGUAAUUUUGCUUGCGUCAUACAGAAGUAUUACAUUACACUCUUUAACUUUCCCACACCUUAAGCAUUAUGAAACUGAGUCCCUUUUUUUACAUUAAAAAUGUUAUUAAUGUACCCAUUAAUAUUGAUGAAAGUAAGGAAUUUUUUAAUAAUCAAAGGCUAAAUAAAGGAUUGUAAUAUAUUGUAUUUAAAUGGAUUAUAUGCACAGUUUAAGGGGUAAAAAUAACAACUUGAAAACUAUUCCCUAGUUUAUAAUGUAAAAAGGCCUUAAUUUUUUAUUUGAGCUACAAAUCAAGACGUGUUUUUCAUGUUUUUUGCCCAGUUUUUAAAAUUUAAACUAUGUUUAAAGGGGAUAGAAUCUAUAAUAAGUCAUGUACCCUUUAAUUUAAAGUUUUUUUUCCCUGUAUUUAAGGGCUUUUUGAAUUAAGAUGUUUCAAGGUUUUUUUUUACCUGGCCACUUAGACAACUCAAUCCAAUAUUAAGGGCUUUUGUGUGUUUUCAAGGAUAAAUUAAGUCGUAAUUCUUGUCAGUGAAUUGUGUUGGAUCAUUCAUUGCUGUACAGUAACCUCUGUCCUCUCUCAGCCUGAACGUAGCUUUCUGUUUAACUGCCUCACCAAAGUGAUCGUGUGAUUAAUGAUUGACCAAAGAAAGAAUGCCGUAAAGGGAACUCUCAGCUUGCAUUUGUAAUAUUUUGAUUUCUGAUUCAGAUGAAUAAAUUGUUUUUAUUUUUGACA